GCAAAGAAGAGCAUAAGAAGAGAUUUAAAAGUAAUGUAACCGUUCCCGUUAGAAGUAUGUGUUCGAAGUUCCAAGAGUUUUGUGGUAGCUUUAUAUCUUAAUAAUUUUCAUUUAAUAAUAUACUUUAAUUGAAAAAAUUAUUUUAAAUAAAUCGAGAUGAGUUCAUUGAAAAGAUCAGCUAGUAGUUCUUCAAUUCCAAUUUUAAGAAGAGAUGGAUCUUCAAUGAUCCCUGUAAUAAGUAGAGAAGGAAGUUCACACUCGUUAACCAAGAGAGAAUCGAAAUUAACAGUAAGACAAUCGAGAACUUCUGAAGCCCGAGCAAAACAAACCCACCAGAUGCGAAACAGCAAAAGUAUGGACAGAUUUAGUAGUAAACUAACUACACCAUUGGUGACAAACAGGGCAAGAUCCUCAACUCGGACACCUAUAACAUCUGGAAAUAAAAAGAUAACUUGGACAUCAUCAAAAUCUCCCUUAUCAUCUGCUGUAUCUGUCAAAAAAAUCGAUAAAAGACCUAUAAAUGAUAAAGAUUGGCAGAAGCAACAGUUAAUUAAGGUUCAAAAUUUCCUGUUCAUAAAGUUUCAAAUAACUGAAAAGGUAAAAGCUGGCAUAUCAAUUGAAAUGUUUGUUGGCAUUAUAAACUUAUUGUUUAAAUCUAUCGAUGAAAGGAUCAAUAUAACUAAGGAAAACUAUGUGGAAGAAGUGCCUGCAAGGCUUAAGUGUUACAGAUACCCUGCAGCUGUUAAACCAUCAUUAAUGAAAACAGUAAAUGUACCACACUCUUGGGCCCAUAUAAUUGCUGUUCUUUCAUGGCUAGUCGAUUUAAUUGAGAAGUUGGACAGCAUUAAUACAAAGGUCAUAAAAUUAGUGGUACCAGAAACUACUAAUUCUAGAGAUGCUACUUUAUUUAUGGUCAAAGUAAAGGCUCAUUUUGAUUUGGUCGUUCAAAGGCAAAAUAAUGAAGAUGAAGCUAUAGUUUUUAAAGAAUAUGAACAAAACCUUCGUGCUAUUUAUGAAGUAAACUCAGAUAAUUUAGAAAAAUGUAAAAAUGAAAUAGAAGUUCUGAAAGAACAAUUGACAGCCUUAACUGAACAGGAAAAUGAUAUUUUUCAAAAAAACCAGGACUAUAAAAAUAAAAUUGAAAUAAUCAAAACGAAUAUUGAAAACUGCAACUUUAAUAAAACAAAAAUGCAAGAGAACUUAAAAAUAUCAAGAGAAAAAGUAGCAGAUAAAAAGGAAAAACUUGAUAAGAAACGCGAGCAACUUUAUGAAUCCAUUUUACAACUAAAAGAAAUUAUUUCCAACCAGCAGUACAGUACCAGGACUAGAAAAGAGUUUUUACAAAAAUUAGCUGACUUUAAAUUUACUAAAAACUUGAAGGAAGAACGUUUAAAAGAAUUGAAAGAAAUUAGCGACAGAAAUGAUUUAAAAUUGGCAGAAAACAGACGUACAGUACAAACUAUUAUAAAUAAAAUAAACAAUGUUAUAAAAGACGCAAAACGUAUAAAACCAGACAUUGCUAUAGAAACGCUUCGAGAGACGAAAUUUACCGAUCCAGAAUUUUUAAAUGAAAUGGAAAAGUUCAAAGUUCAAUACGAAAAAGAAAAAAAUGAUAGCGUAAAAAGACUACAAGAAAUGGAUGAAAUUUAUCAAAGACUGAUCGACGUGAAAAGUGAAGUAACAAAAAAAAGUAGUCAGCUUGCUAAGGAAGUGCGACAAGAAGAAUUAGAUUUCGAAGAAACGGAAAGAAAAUUAUUCGAAUCACAAUAUCUUAUAAAGGCUGAAUUGCAAGAUUUAAAGAAAAAAGUUGAAAAUGCAGUUCGUGUGCUAGACGAAGUCCAACACGAAUGCAAAAUGUCUCAAGAAGCAAAUCAAAAUGCAAGAGAAAAAUUGGAAGAAUUCAUUAACGUGCGGAAAGAAAAAUCAGAAAAAAUUUACAAGUUCCAAACAGAAGUUGCAGAAAAAAUUACAAAAGCCUGCUUGUCGGUCAGCCAAAACAGAAGAAAAGAAAUGCAGUUAGUAAUGGAAGUAACCAAUGGAAUUUAUGAUGCCAAUGAUCGGAUAGUAAAACAGGUAAAAGAAUUUCUUAUUUCUCUGGAAAAAAGUAACGAAGAUUUAAAGAAAGAUUUUAAUUUAAUUAAUAACGACUUAAGUAAAUAAGGCUUGAACUGAUUUGAAAUAGAUAUAUUGUUAAUUUUGUUUUAGUAACAAUAAUAAAUGUAAUAGUAAUGGUUAAAUUUAAAAACUA